UUUUCCUCUUCCUCCUUUCUACCUGCUUCCUCCUUCUCUCGCUCCUUCACGGCUGGUCCUUUCCACCCUCUCCUCCUUCUCAAACCUCAGCCGCUCACCCCCUGCCCUUCUCCAUUCCUCCUCCCUCCUCUUUAUCCUUUCCUUCCUUCUCUCCCUCCUUUCUCCUCCUCUUGCCACCCGUUCCCCAGCCUUCCUGCCCAUCUCAUCCUUUCCUUCUCUCCCUAGCCGUCAUUCUCUUGCCCACUGCUGCCCCUUCUUGACCUCCCAGCCUCUGCAGCCAGCCCCAUACCUCCUCCAACCAACCCCCCCUCUGCUAGAUCUUUCUGCCUGCAAUUCUCGCCCCCUUUCUCCCCUCCUUUCCUGCCCCUUCCUUACCACCCCUCUCCCAGGAUGGCUCUGGUGGUGACCCCCUGGCAGGAAGAGCUUCCUGGCGUUCCACCGGGGGUCCCGCCGCAGCUGCCAGCCCCAGCCCCCCAGGAGCCCAGCGGGGGCAGCAGCGGGGAGGGCAAGGCGUCGGCGUCGGCCGUGGACUGUCUGGUGUGUGGGGACAAGGCCAGCGGGAAGCACUACGGCCAGUUCACCUGCGAGGGCUGCAAGAGCUUCUUCAAGCGCUCCGUGCGCCGCAACCUCAGCUACACCUGCCGUGCCAGCCGCCAGUGCCCCGUCGACCAACACCACCGCAACCAGUGCCAGCACUGCCGUCUCACCAAGUGCCUCAAGGUCGGCAUGCGCCGUGAAGCCGUGCAACGGGGGCGCAUGGCUCCUGCGCAGCCCAGCCCGGGCCAGUACCCCUUCGCCAACGGAGACCCCUACAAUUGCCACUCCUACCUGACGGGCUUCAUCUCCCUCCUCCUCCGGGCAGAGCCCUACCCCACUUCCCGCUAUGGGGCCCAGUGCCUGCAGCCCAACAACAUCAUGGGCAUCGAGAACAUCUGUGAGCUGGCUGCCCGCCUCCUCUUCAGCGCCAUCGAGUGGGCCAAGAACAUCCCCUUCUUCCCGGACUUUCAGCUGGCUGACCAGGUCUGCCUUCUGCGUAUGACCUGGAGUGAGCUCUUUGUCCUCAACGCCGCCCAGUGCUCCAUGCCUCUCCACGUGGCUCCCCUCCUGGCCGCUGCUGGCCUCCACGCCUCGCCCAUGUCCGCCGACCGCGUGGUGGCCUUCAUGGACCACAUCCGCGUCUUCCAGGAGCAGGUAGAGAAGCUGAAGGCUCUGCACGUCGACUCGGCCGAGUACUCCUGCCUGAAGGCCAUUGUCCUCUUCACCCCAGAUGCGGUGGGGCUGACGGACUUGUGCCACGUGGAGAACGUCCAGGAGAAGUCCCAGUGUGCCUUGGAAGAGUACGUCCGGAACCAGUACCCCAACCAGCCCAGCCGAUUUGGGCGCCUCCUCCUUCGCCUCCCCUCUCUGCGCAUCGUCUCCGCCCCUGUGAUUGAGCAACUCUUCUUUGUGCGCUUGGUAGGCAAGACCCCCAUCGAGACGCUGAUUAGAGACAUGCUCCUUUCAGGGUCCAGCUUCAACUGGCCCUACAUCUCCAUGCAGUGAAAGCAGCCGGGGGUUGGAGGCCGUGACUGUUGCCUUUGCCCCCCAAACUGGGCGAUGGGGGCCUGGUUGGUGCGCAGACAGCGGUGGGCUGUCGCUCAGGGAGACAGAGCGUCUCACCUGUGCUCCCUCCAAAAUGGCGGCCCUCGAGACAACCAGGAAGUGACAUCAAGGAGGUGGAGCUUGAGGGCACUUUCCCGGUUUCUUCUUCUUGGGAGUGACUUUGGACAAGCAAUCCCUGCCCUUCCAUAUUUAUAUCACAGACAAAACAAAAUGUCGGCAGUAUUCUUAAAAUGAGCUUGAUCCCUGGAUGGUUAUUUUUUAAAAUGUGCUUUGUCUACAAGAAUGUCCUUGUCCCUCAAGGAAUUAUAAUGGAACAAGGUCAUUCUGGAUCAAGAACCUGAGAUCUUUCAUUGUCCCAUUUCUAAGAGAUUUCUAUAAACUUCAUUGGUGGGUUUGCCUUGGGCCCACCUUCUCAACUGGUGAAUGUUUUGUUGACAGCGUGUUGGCGACUAGAGGCCAAGGUGAAGGUUUGCAGUGGAUUGCGAUACAAACUUGGCGAUGCGCAAAAACACGUGUGGCUUGCUGAGCCUCAAUUGUGCAACGGCACCUCAAACAAUCUUUCACCUUCCCUUUUGCGUUUGUGCAUAAAUGUGUAACAAGGGAGAAAAGGGCUGGGGCAAUUGGGAAAAAAAGACUUGCCUCUUCAGACCGAUCAAAAAGAAAAGACUUGCCUCCUCAGCCUGCUUUUCUUUUCUUUUUAUAACAAGGACUUUCUUCUUCAGGCCAAUAUGUGUGAAAGUGUCCUUUACAAUACUGCAAAAAGCCUGCAUAUCUUCCAAGACUCCUUCCCUGUGGGCCUUUACAGCCUAGGGAACUGUCUACAAUCUAUGAUGUUUGGGAGUGAUGUUGGCUAUCAUACCCUAGACAUGAACUGAAGCGGAAGAGAUACAGAAAAAAAAUGAACAAACCCAGAAUUGGAGUCAGGGGCAGUUGAUUCCAUUCAUGUGCAAAAAAGAGGAGAUAGACAGGGGCGAGAAUUCUUUUUCUUUUUUAAUCUAAAGGAGGGGCAAAAUGAUUUGGAAUGUCUCUAACCUGGAGGGGGAAACAUGCUAUUUAUAAAAUAAAAUAAACUCAGAUUAUAUCCUA